GCAAACGGGUUAGGUUAGAUCUACAGAUACAUUUACAGCUAAUUCAGUAUGUGUUCACGUAUGCAAUGAUAGUUUGCGGAUACGAAUUUUGUAAUCAUCGAUUCGACAAGAAAUUUUUUAUUGCAACGACGAACUUAUUGGUUAUAGCAUGUGUCAUGUGGAUCUUUAUAAUUCAUGUUGCUAAUGUAACAUAAUUUUAAGUAAUAGUCGAUCAUAAAACGACCUUUGUGGAGGUUCAGUGUGCAUGCGCUACGUGCACUCAAUCGAGGCAGUGGUGUUACUUUACCUAAAGCAUAUGACGGACGUUAGCAGUUUUCUUUUUACUUUAAGUAUAAAUUGGCAGCAAGAACUGGCCAGAUGAAGGGUGAAUCUAAUUGCUUCUAUGGUGCUUUGUUUAUUAUUAUUGUAGAUCGUGCAUAUUUUAAUUUCAAUCGUCUUUUUUACAUUUUCUAUGGUUAAUCAUUAAUUGUAUCGUCACUUUUUUAUAAGAAGCAUUUUACAUUUAUUUUCAUACUCUUCGGCGUUCUGAAAAAGUAUUUAAGUGGGCGGUGCUCCAUUUCGUAAAAAGAACAACAAAAAAUACGAAAAACUGUUUGUUAACUGUCAAAAAGUUCUAUCAUUGUUAUAUAAUUUAUUUCAUUAUAUUAUUAGUCAAAUAUACCAUUUUUCCACUGUAUUUCACAAGAAUACUUGAUGUUAUGUCUUCUACUUCAAUUAUUUUUAUAAAAUGUUACCAUUCUAAUUUAAAUAAGUUUUUAAUACAUCUAUAUAUGUAUAAUUGUUUUAAUAACAUGCACACACACACAUACACGCACACGCGAGCAAUAGAUUAAUAUACAAGAUUAAUAUAUUAGUGCACAAGAUUGAUAUAUGUAUAAUGAUUGAAUCGGUUGAAAUUUAAAAAAGAAGUACUUUUAAUUGUAUGAUACAAUAUAGAUAAUGUCAGAUGAUGAUGCUGCAUUGGACUCAAUGGAUACAGAAGAAGAUAUCUUUUCUCCAAGAAACCGUAGCCUGGGCUCUAAUGCCAGAAGGGUUAAAAGUUUGCGUACUUUACGAUCACAUUCAAGUUCUGCUUCUCAUAUAUCUAUGAAUAACCUAAGUGUGCGCCGUAGCACACGUCAUAGAAUGCAAACUUAUGAUAAUCUUAAUACUAGCUGGAUCUUAGGUACACAAACAUUAAAAGGUUAUCCUAUGUUUCAACAACAUGGUUCUUCAUCUGAUAAAGAAAUGGUGGAUGAAGUUCCUGAAAGAAAACGUGAUGUUAGGGAGCGUAUGCCUCUUAGAUCACGUGAAAAUCAUCCGCCAAAUAAAAACUCAAGACAUAUUAGAGAAAGAACAGAACAUGACAGACAAAAUAAUAGAGAACUUAGAGGAAGAGGUGAUCGUGAUCUUAGAGAAAAAACAGAGCAAGACAAAGAUAUUAGAGAUCUUAAGGAUAGGCAAGAAAGGGAAAGAACAGACAGGGAACAUAAAGAUAAAAUGGAAACCAGAAGUAAAUCUAAUGAAGACAAGGAUGUAAGAACAAGAAAAUCUGAUAGUCCAAGUAGACUUAGAGAAGGACCUGCUACAAGACUUGGUGGAAAUUUAAGUGAAAAGGAUGUAAAGCCUAAAGUAGAACGUGUUGAAGCUGAUGAAGAUAGCUCACAAGAAAGCGAAAAAGCUGAAAAUAAUGAUAAUUCUGAAAAUGAAGAUGGCUAUGAAGAUAUGUAUACCCGUAUUAAACGAACUAGAAGGACAGCACAAAGGCAAUUACCAAGGGGUAAGAAACUUACAGUGGUAGAUAGUGAUCUAAGUGAAUCUUCCGAUUCCCCUGGUCCUAGAAAGUAUAGUUUACGUCAAAAAAAACCAGCUGUAGAUAGGUUCCAAGCUAAUGUAGAACCAGUUCGGCGAUCUAUAAAGGCACUUAGAAGUGUUCUUAGUAAUUCCAUGAGAAGACGCAAACAUAGAAGCAAAAGUACGAGCUCUAGUGAUUCCAGUGAUUCAGAACCUCAACGUUAUGAUAAAAAGAAAAGUAAAAAAGCAAGGCAAUCAGCAAUACCUCAAGGUGGACCACCUGACCGUAAAGCAGAUAUAAAUCCAAUUACUUUAGAUACUAAUAUUAGAUUCAAUGAUGUUGGAGGCUUAGAAUCACAUAUUCACUGCCUUAAAGAAAUGGUUGUUUUUCCUAUGAUGUAUCCAGAUGUUUUUGAACGUUUUCAUAUUACCCCACCGAAAGGAGUAUUAUUUCAUGGUCCACCAGGAACUGGUAAGACGUUGAUAGCUAGAGCAUUGGCAAAUGAAUGUAGUCAAGGCAGUAGAAAAAUGUCGUUCUUUAUGAGAAAGGGCGCAGAUUGUCUAUCUAAGUGGGUCGGAGAAUCCGAACGCCAGUUGCGAUUGUUAUUUGAGCAGGCUCAACAAAUGAAACCGUCCAUAAUAUUUUUUGAUGAAAUAGAUGGCCUUGCACCUGUUCGAAGUACGAAACAGGAUCAAAUCCAUGCUAGUAUUGUAUCUACUCUUUUGGCGCUUAUGGAUGGCCUCAGUGAUAGGGGAGAGGUAAUAGUUAUUGGAGCAACAAAUAGAAUAGAUGCUAUUGAUCCAGCAUUACGUAGGCCAGGUCGUUUCGAUCGGGAAUUAUUUUUUCCUUUACCUGCUAUGAAAGAAAGACUAGAGAUAUUAAAAAUUCAUGUUAGUAAGUGGAAAAAUCCGCCACCUGAUCAAUUGUUAGAGAUAUUAGCUGAAAAAGCGACAGGUUAUUGUGGCUCAGACUUGAGGGCUUUAUGCACUGAAGCAGUUUUGCAAGGAUUGCGAAGAACUUAUCCGCAAAUAUAUAUAACAAAUAAUAGGUUACUUUUAGAUCCUGAACGAAUCAAAGUGAAAAAACGGGAUUUUUUACAAGCUAGUUCCAUUCUUGUACCAUCAUCACAAAGAGUGUCACCUUGUGCUAGAAGAAAAUUACAACUUUUCAUGGAACCCUUAUUAGGACCUUUAUUGGAAGAGUUACUUAACUCAAUAAAAGGAAUAUUCCCACAAGGAAUUAAUUCUGCUAUGGCAAAAGUGAAAAUUACCAAAGGGAUUCAUCGUCCAAGACUAUUAAUUUCCGGUGGAAAUUUGUCUGAAGGUCAAGGAUCACAUUUAGCACAAGCAUUAUUAUAUCAUAUGGAACAUCUACCAAUUCAAACAUUAGAUGUUAGCACUCUUUUUGCAGAAAGUGGACGAUCGCCGGAAGAAACCUGCGUUCAGGUGUUUAACGAAGCUGCCAGGAAUGUGCCGUCCAUAAUUUAUAUUCGGUCGAUUGAUCAGUGGUGGCCACUUGUACCUGAAACUGUAAAAGCAGUUUUUUUGUGUCGUAUUGCAGCACUUGAUCCUUCUUUGCCCAUUUUAAUUUUAGCCACAAGUGAUAGAACAUAUCAGGAUCUUCCUACUCAACUUCAAAGUCUGUUUAGCGAACUUCGUAGUGAAGUUUAUUCUAUGAAAACACCAACAGCAGAGCAAAGAUCCAAAUUCUUCCGACCUAUUUUCAUGGUUCAGAGCUUGAAGCCACCGAAAAUAAGAGAUGACAAAGUAGAAGUUCUAGAGGAGCUUCCUUUAGCACCAGAUCCUUUACCAAAGAAAUUAACGGAAGAAGAAAAGAAAAUAAUAUAUGAAAAAGAAGAGGUUUCGUUAAGAGAAUUAAGAAUUUUCUUGAGGGAAAUUUGUGCAAAACUUGCAAGAAAUAGACAAUUUUUCAUGUUUACAAAACCAGUAGAUACGGAAGAAGUACCAGAUUAUAACAUGAUAAUAAAACAACCUAUGGAUUUAGAAACCAUGAUGACAAAAAUCGAUAUGCAUUGUUACCUUUGUGCUCGAGAUUUUCUCGAUGAUAUCGAUCUCAUUUGUAGAAAUGCUUUGGAAUAUAAUCCUGACAGCUUACGUGAUAGGCCUUCCCUUGGAAUAUUAAAGAGAGAUCCAGCUGACAAAUUGAUAAGACACCGUGCAUGCUCUCUUCGUGAUAAUGCAUACGCAUUAAUAAAAGCAGAACUGGAUUCCGACUUUGAGGAUAAAUGUCGUGAGAUUUCGAAGAAUCGUAAAAUUAUUGAAAGUACGUCUAACAACGAGGUAGAAAAUAAGAAUCAGUCAAAAGCAGAGCAAUCCACAUCUGGAAUCGAACGAACAGAUAAAAAAGAUACAGCGAGUCCUAGUCAUUCCUUGAUUGUAAAUGGAAGAAGAUAUAAUAAUUCUAGAAAACGUAGAAUACCAGCUUGGGCACGAGGCUAUGUAAAGAAAGUUCAUAAAAAGAAGAAAAUCGCAUUUGAUGAAAAUGUAACUGUAUCGGAUAACAAAGUAUGUUUAACUAACGAAACAACAAGUAUAGAUUUGGAAAAAUUCCAAGAAUUUGAAACUGAAGCAAACAGUGUUUUGAAUGGUCAUGUACCUCUGUUUGAUAAUUCUGAAUCUGAAAACGAUUCUCAAAAUGAAAGUUCAAAAGACAUGCAAGGAAUUCAAAGCAAUAAUGUCAGUGAUCAGCAUAUUGAUGACAUUGAAAAUAUGGAUAUAUGUUUUACGGAAGAAGAGAAGAAUGCGGAAAAUAGUGCAUCUAAUUCAUCGUCUAGACGGGAAAGUAUAGAUGAAUUAUCGUUUGCUAUUGAAAGUGAUUCUAGUCCAGCCAGAUUUGAAGAAAACGAAAAGUUUGUAGUAGAUAGGAAUGAAAUGGAGAAUGCAUGGCAAACCACCGUUGAAGUUACGAAGGAUUUUCCUGUAGAAGUACUAUGUGACAUUUAUGUGCAACUGAGUCGAUGUGUAGGAAAAUAUGCUCAGAGCUACGAUAGAAAAUCACUGCCAAAGGAGUUGCUCAAGGAAGUGAAAAGAUUUGAAGAGUUCAAGACAACGUACGAGAAAGUUCAUCAUGUCGCUAAUCAAACCGACAUAUUAUAAGUCACACGCUACCUUUAGUAUCAUUAUAACAAAAUUUUUGUACAUUUCCACUAAACAAAGAUUAUCAAUUAAUCUUAAAUCACAUGAUGAUUUAAAAUAGUACAUUUUUUUCGUUUCAAUCUUUACAGUUACUGAUAAUUAAUAAGAGGAAGGAGGUAACUUUAAUAUUAUAUAGAUAUAUAUGAAGAAAAACCGAAAUGAUGCAUUCGAUUUUCGGUUUUUAAAGACAUGGUGAAGUAUAACUGUGCGUUAAUCUUACAAGGAAAAGAAUGAUUGUUAUAUAUGAAACUAAAAGGAUACGAUUUUAAUCAUUUAUCUCUCAGUAUCUAAAUAUAAAAUAAUAAAUUAUUAUAAUAAUAUUGGCUUAUAAUUAUUAGUGGCUGACAUAAUAUAUCUCACAGUAAAAAAAUUUUGAUAUCAAAUUUAGAUACUUCAAUAAUCAUACAUGAUUUUCAGUUAAUUAUAAAUUUUUGCAUAAAAAUUGGUAUAAAAAUGCAAUAAAAGAAAUUAGUUAGAAAACUACAAAUAAUUUGUUUUCUGUGCAAGUUGAUUUUAGUGGGAUACUUGUGAAAUAAUUUUUGCGUUAAUAUAUAGUACUUCAUGACUCAGAGAAGUAUAUUUCUUUAUAACAAAAUUUUGCAAAUGGUGGUUAUACAAAGAUGAUGGUAAUUUAAUACAAUAUGUACUUAACUAUAGUUUUUUACAUGUGGUACUUGGCAGUACAUUAUAUCAAAUUAUUUUAUUGUAUCUGCACAUAAUAGAAUUCUAACAAAUCCUGAUAAAAUACAUUAUAGAUUCAUUAUAUGCGCCAGUUAUUACUUUGGAUUUUUACAGACCUUUAUAUAAUUUUUAUAAAAGUACUUUAAACAUAGACAUAUCUUGACAUAUAGGUUCCAACAUGCAUAUAUAAGGUCAUAUGUGCUCUAUUUUUAAAAAGAAAUCGUUUACUAAAGUAAUACUCAACAUAAAAAUGUCUAAGUUUUAAAUUUAAAUUCAGUAAUUUUAUAUAAUUUUUUUUACUGUUUUAUUAGAGGUUAUUAAUCAAUCAUUAAAGCAAUGAGAACUUAAAAACAAAUUUCAUAAAUUGUAAAACAUGUAAAUACAUUCCAAAUUUUAUGAGCAAUAUUACAUAUUGCAUAAUUAAAUAUUUUUGGCAUGUACAUAAUGGAUUUUUAGGAGUAACUUGUACUAGAUUUUGAUAUUUAUUAUAUGCUUUCUUUUCAUAUUUAAAAAUCAUGGAUAAUUUAGUAAAUGAAAUUUAGAUAAUCUGUGUAUUAUUUAAAAUAACGCUUGAUACAGUGAUUUUUCAUCAAUAUGAAUAAAAAUUCUAUCUAGCAUAAUUUGUCAUUCUUAUAUACAUUAGUGAUUAGUCAUGUUAGUGACUGGUCACGAAUGUUAUCAUGGCAUUAUUCAAAAUUUGAAUUUGUUAUUUUAAAUAGUACGAUUUUAUUGAGUACAAUUAUAAAAUUAUGUAGUUGAAUUAUAUUUAGAUAAUUAGUUUUUUAAUCAUAAUGUGGAUAAUGUACAAUUGAAACAUGGUACAUCCUCGUCGGUUUAUUUUAACCAAAGUUAUAAACGAUAAGCAAAGUAAUUAAAAAAUAGAAUUUGAUUCAGUUAUAGAUAUAACAGUGGAUAUAAAUGAAAAUCAGUAUAAAUAUGAAAUACCUCGGUAAAAAUCAUAAACAUAUGCAAAGAAAAUCGUAUUUGUAUAAAUGUUAGAAAAUAUUUAACAUAAAACUUACAUUCUAGAUUCGUAUACUGGUUGUGAUUUAUACUGUAACUGUGAAAGAAUAGUUACCAAACAUUAUAGAUGAGAGAAAAAAGAUUUUAAUGCAUUCUAGAGUGCAAGUAAUAAGUUCUUCCUAUUGACAUUGUUCAUAUAAAUAGUAUUCACUUAUAUAAGUAAACAAUGUGUUAGCAAAUGAAUUUCUUUAUUUAGUUUCAAUUAUUUAUAUGCAUAUAUAUAUAUAUAUAUAUAUAUAUAUAUAUAUAUAUAUAUAUAUAUGCAUAUAUAUCUUAGUAUGUAUUCUAUAUAUAUAUAUAUAGAAUACAUACUAAGUUUAAAAUGGAUAGUAAGAAUUAAUAGUAACUCUUAUGAUCAAGCAUGUAACAAAUAAUACUGUAUUCUUAAAAUAAUGCUAUGUAACCAAUAGCUGAUACAAUUUCAAAUAUUAUGAUAUGUUAUUAAUAAAUUAGUAGUUAACUUUAUAAUUUGUUAUAUUUAUAUUAGUCAAAAUUUACGAAUGUGAAAAUUAAAUUAAAUGUUAUAAAAAAUUAAUUUUUCAAUUAUAGCGAGUAUUAUAACUGAGUUUUACGAAAUUAUAAUUAAAUUACUUAAUAUUUGUUAGAAUAUAGGGAUGAAAAGACUGAACUCUAGAAAUGCUCACUACAUAGUAUUUAUUCCCUUUGUGUGUUACUCUCUAUAUUCAAAUUGAACUAGCAAAAUAAUUUUCAGUACUCUAUUAGAUGAAUUUCUUUAGUGUACAUACCAAAUUUUGAAAUAAAAUAAUUUAUAUAUGUAAUUUUUAGGACAAUUAUCUAUAUGUUUAACAUUUUGAUAUAUGCUUGAUGUUUUAGGAUGAUAUAUUAGAGUUGAAAGAAUGACUGAAGAUAAUUUACGGUAAAAAUAUGUCAUGCCAAGAAAAUUCAUUUUAUUUUCAUUGCUAAUUUUUAAACAAUUUGCAUUCUUUUUGUAAUUUAAUUUAGUAUUUUAUGUAAAGUUAUUUCUGUAUUUAAUUAUUAGUAUUAAAAAUGUUCCAUGCGCAUACGUAUACUGUUUUGUAUAAAAUUAAACUGUACUAACAGUAAAGGAACUAAUGCUUAAAAAUUUACUAAAAUUUGUAGCAGUAUUUCAAAAAAUUAAAAAAUAUUUGUUAAUGCCUUUGUUAAGAUAUCUUUUUAUAACAUGAAAUACAAAUGAUUUUGAAGAAUUCAAGUGUAAAUUAAAAAAUCUUAGUUCACAUAUUUCUGCACAAUUUAGAAUUUAAUUUGAACUUUUAAUAAUUGAGAUGCUUUUUAAUCGAGCAAUUAUAUAUCAAGACUUCACACAAAAUUUAGUAAAAUUGAGGAUUUGAAUAUUGUACUUUCUCUUGCUCAGGUGUCUAUCCUUUUAUGAUAAGGAUAAUCAAUAUUAUAUAAACUAAUGUUACAUUAUGGAAAUUGAAUAAGUAUUGGUAUUGAUGUUAGAUAAAGAGAACUAAGUUAACAAAAAUAUCGUUACCAUUAUAUAUCAUUUAUAGCACUCAUGAUAUAUAGGAAGCAAGGAAUUUAAAGUACUAAAACAAAGCUGUAAUAUUGCUUCUAGUUUCUAAAGCAUUAACAAAAAGUUCAGCGAUAUGAAAUUUUGUUUGAAAUUUGUAUGUUAAUGGUAUAGUCUAUAUUCAGAUAUUUUUUAUCAGCUUAAUUUAAUUCAGUAAUAUAGUAUCCACAAACUUUUAUUUAAUUCAAGUAUACCCAUUAAAUAUCGCUGAUAUUUGCCAAAGAAUUUGUAUAAUAUUUCAAUGAUAAAGAUUGAAAUGUAAAUCUCGAUAAAUAGCAAAUGAUACAGAAAAAUCACAUAUACAAUUAAUACAGAUUAAAAAAAGGACAUUAAUUGAAUCAUUGUGACUUUUCUGUUUCCAUUGAUAUAUUUUACAUUCCACUUUAUGAUAAAUAAAUCCGAAACGUAAUUAUUCCAAGAAUAAUUUCUGGUGCUAUUUUCUGAUGUGCUAUCAUCUCUGUAUUACCAAUAAUAAGCAAAAGACAAAAAAAAAAACUGUGUAAUUACAUGUACAUUGUAUUAAUCGAGAGGUUUCCGUAACCACUGCCGUUUGAACUAACUAAUAUAAUUACUUUGCUAAAAUAUUCGGAUAAUAAAGAUUGUAAUGCUGCUAUUUGCAAAGAACAUAUUGAUCUACGAAUUUAAUGAAAUUUUUAUUUAAUAUGUAUGUUCGUACAAUAUGACCUUUGGCAGACAGUAGUUUCAGACAUAUGAAGCAUACGUGUAGAAGAUAUAGGAAACAAAACAAAAGAGCAUACACUGCCUUAUUUAUUUUACCAUACAGGUAAUAAGUUUUAUUGUCAUUCAUUGUAGCAUAAUAAAUUGAAAUUUCAUAAU